AUGCCUAUGGAGGGGUUCGGCUGUUGGCGUAUUAACUACGACAGGGUUUGGUCACUCGGCUCGUGGCUAUUCAACGACAACCAGAGAGCGGCCCGAGUGUUGGUGGAGGCCAUCAAAUCCGGGUACCGAUACAUAGACAGCGCCUACUUUUACAACAUUGAAAAAGCCGUGGGUUAUGCCCUGCGCUACGCGUUCCGGCACCGGAUUGUCAAACGGGAGGACAUGUUUGUGGCCACAAAGGUGUGGAACAACUAUCACAGUAGGGAUCGGGUGGUGUUCGGACUAAACAAGUCUCUAAAUGAUCUGGGACUAAAAUAUGUGGACCUGGCUAUCAUACACUGGCCCACUGGGUUUGAAGAUGCUGAUAAUGUGUUUCCCAUGUACUGGAAUAUGUCUAAUAUCCCGCGAGUGUGGCGUAAGAAUGCAUUUGUAGAGACCUGGGAGGGAAUGGUCGACGCGCAGCGCCAGGGAAUGGCCAAAGCCAUCGGUGUGUCCAACUUUAACAUAGAUCAGUUACAGGUGCUCAUGGAUUCAUCCCGGGUUAAGCCCGCUGUGAACCAGGUUGAGUGCAAUCCAUAUUACAAUCAGAAAGAGAUGUUAGAGUUUUGCAAACGAAACGGUAUCGUAAUGACCGCAUACUCACCGCUACGCCAGGGCUACGACCUGUUAGAUGACCCGCAACUCCGGCGUAUAGGCCGGCGACACAACAAGACGGCGGCUCAGGUGGCGCUGCGAUGGAAUACACAGCGAGGCGUUGCUGUCAUACCUAAGAGUGAGCGCAGGCGCAGAAUGAGAGAGAAUAUCGAUAUAUUUGACUUUGAAUUAACCGCCGAUGAAAUGCAGACAAUUAACUCGUUUAGACAAUUGCCAAAACUGUUGACUUUGGGCACCGCUAGAAGUCACCCUGAUUAUCCUUUUAAGGAUCAGUUUUGGUGA